AUCGUGGCGCCAUGGACGACAAGGCGUUGACCAAGGAGCUGGACCAGUGGGUCGAGCAGCUGAACGAGUGUAAACAGCUCAACGAGAACCAAGUGCGGACCCUGUGCGAGAAGGCCAAGAGAAGAAAAUAAUAUGGGCUGGAUUCUUCACAAUGCCUGUGAAGACUAUCAGGCUAAUUUAAGUGGAGAAGACAUUUGCUGGGAGAGUAUUUGGGAACUCAGAAUCAAAAGGAAAGCUGGAGAACCAAGCCUGGAAAUGUUGCUGGAAUAAGCGAGGUUAGCAGGAGCCCUGGUGGUGCAGUGGUUAAGCACUGGGCUGCUAACCAAAAGGCUAAAGAAAUUUUAACAAAAGAAUCAAAUGUACAAGAGGUCCGUUGCCCUGUUACAGUUUGUGGAGAUGUUCACGGUCAAUUCCAUGAUCUUAUGGAACUCUUCAGAAUUGGUGGAAAAUCGCCAGAUACAAACUAUCUAUUCAUGGGUGACUAUGUAGACAGAGGUUACUACUCAGUGGAGACUGUGACUCUUCUUGUGGCGUUAAAGGUUCGUUAUCCAGAACGCAUUACAAUAUUGAGAGGAAACCACGAAAGCCGACAGAUUACCCAAGUAUAUGGCUUUUAUGAUGAAUGUCUACGAAAGUAUGGAAAUGCCAACGUUUGGAAGUAUUUUACAGAUCUCUUUGAUUAUCUUCCACUUACGGCGCUGGUAGAUGGACAGAUAUUCUGCCUCCACGGUGGCCUCUCUCCAUCCAUAGAUACACUGGAUCAUAUAAGAGCCCUGGAUCGUUUACAAGAAGUUCCACAUGAGGGCCCAAUGUGUGACCUGUUAUGGUCAGACCCAGAUGAUCGUGGCGGGUGGGGGAUAUCUCCACGUGGCGCUGGCUACACAUUUGGACAAGACAUUUCGGAAACAUUUAACCACGCCAACGGUCUCACGCUGGUUUCUCGCGCUCACCAACUUGUAAUGGAGGGAUAUAAUUGGUGCCAUGAUCGGAAUGUGGUUACCAUUUUCAGUGCACCCAAUUACUGUUACCGCUGUGGGAACCAGGCUGCUAUCAUGGAACUAGAUGACACUUUAAAAUAUUCCUUCCUUCAGUUUGACCCAGCGCCUCGCCGUGGAGAGCCUCAUGUUACCCGGCGUACCCCUGACUACUUCCUGUGAAUGGCUCCAGGGAAAACCUGCCUUUGUAUGUGGAAGUAUACCUGGCUUUUUAAGAUAUACAUAUAUUUAAAAACAGAAAAAACAACGGUAAUCGAUGUGUUUCUGUAACAGAUUGGGAUCUGUCUUGGCAUUAAACCACAUCAUGGACCAAAAUGUGCCAUACUAGUGAUGAACACUUAGCACAAUUUAGACUGAAAUUCAAUGCAGCGCGAUGUUCUAGAUCAGUCAGUUAACAGUUUGCCUGCUGUAUUUGUAAUAACCAUUUUCCUCUGGACUGUUCAAACAAAAAAGGUAACUAAUUCCUUCAUCUCCUUUUGCACUUAGUUGAGAUUUUAGUUAUAGUGUUUAACUGGCAUGGAUUAAUAAAGUUGGAACUUUAUUUUUAAGGAAAAUUCACAAGCUAACUUCCACUUAAUCCAUUACUGUUUAUUUUAUUGAAAUGUAUGAUUAACUGAAGAAAAGAUUCUUCUUGGGAGUAUGUUGUCAUAACAUUUAAAGAGAUUUCCCUUCAUUUAAACUAAAUUACUAUUUUACGUUGAGCUGCAUAUUUCUGUAUAUUUGUCAUGAUAGUGCUUGCAUCCUAUUUGGUGUACUGAGCAAAUAAACUGCAUUUUAAGCAAAGACA